UACGCACAUAGUUAGCCUAAUCCUAUAAACCCAACUAAGCUUCAACUCCUCCUAUGAACCUUGAUCGUUUUAGUAAUAGCGUAUCAUUUAUAUAUGCUUCUAGGAAGUAUUUUUUGGAGAACACUUCCGUGGGCAUACUGUUUUGGUUACCUUGGAAACAUCUCUAGCAAGGACCAUAGUGACCUCUGAGAAUGCUGCUCCGCCGGCUGCUCGUGAGGGCAUGCUCUCGGUCAGUGGUGGCCGUGCCGCGUCUGUUGCAAGGCUACAGCACCGCGUCGCAGACACAGGUAAAGCCACAAAAGACCACAUUUGGUCCUUUGAGUGAUCAAGAUAGGAUUUUCACCAAUUUAUUUGGUCGUCAUGACUGGAGGCUGAAGGGAGCGCUCCAGCGAGGUGACUGGUACAAAACCAAGGAGAUCCUGCUGAAGGGUUCGGACUGGAUCCUGAAGGAGGUGAAGGUCUCUGGGCUAAGGGGGCGUGGGGGCGCCGGCUUCCCCACUGGGAUGAAGUGGAGCUUCAUGAACAAGCCCAGCGACGGCCGGCCCAAGUACCUAGUGGUGAACGCCGACGAGGGCGAGCCGGGGACCUGUAAGGACCGGGAGAUCCUGCGUCACGACCCCCACAAGCUGAUCGAGGGCUGCCUGGUCGCAGGCAGGGCCAUGGAGGCCCGGGCCGCGUACAUCUACAUCAGAGGAGAGUUUUACAAUGAGGCCUCCAAUCUACAGGUUGCCAUCAGUGAGGCGUACCAGGCGGGCCUCUUAGGGAAGAACGCGUGCGCCUCUGGGUACGACUUUGAUGUGUUUGUGAUGCGGGGAGCAGGCGCCUACAUCUGCGGGGAGGAGACCGCCCUGAUAGAGUCCCUGGAAGGGAAGCAGGGGAAACCCCGCCUCAAACCUCCGUUCCCUGCGGACAUAGGGGUGUUUGGGUGCCCGACUACGGUUGCCAAUGUGGAGACGGUUGCCGUGGCGCCGACUAUCUGUCGUCGAGGUGGCGCUUGGUUCGCCACUUUCGGGAGAGAGAGGAACUCGGGAACAAAGCUAUUCAACAUCUCCGGUCACGUGAACACUCCGUGCACAGUGGAGGAGGAAAUGUCUAUUCCUCUGAGGGAGCUCAUAGACCGACACGCAGGCGGAGUGAGGGGCGGCUGGGACAACCUGCUGGGUGUCAUUCCGGGGGGCUCCUCCACUCCCAUUAUCCCUCGCCAUGUGUGUGACGAUGUGCUGAUGGAUUUUGAUGACCUUGUUCGUGCAGAAACUGCCCUGGGCACAGCCGCCAUCAUUGUCAUGGAUAAAUCUACUGAUGUGAUCAGGGCCAUUGCUCGUUUGGUGGAGUUCUAUAAGCAUGAAAGCUGUGGCCAGUGCACCCCCUGUAGGGAGGGAGUGGACUGGAUGGACGACAUGAUGUGGAGGUUUGUGCGCGGCGAGGCGGCUGGGUCAGAAAUAGAUAUGAUCUGGGAGCUGAGCAAGCAGAUUGAGGGACAUACCAUCUGCGCCCUGGGGGAUGGGGCUGCCUGGCCCGUACAGGGGCUGAUCCGCCAUUUCCGCCCAGUGAUGGAGAGCCGCAUUGCAGAAUACAACUCGACAAACACUCCUCGAGAGCCAUCGAUCGAGAUGGUCUGAAUCUCCAGUCCAUCACUAUACCUUAAGGCUGUUAACGGCCCUCAGCUAUACGACGGGGAAUAGUAGAAUUGUUUUGAUCCAUUUUAAGUACUGAUGUGAUUCUUAGUGUGCCCUGUUGAACGUACACAUAUCUGAAAGCUGUUUAACUACAAUGGCACCUUCUUUGUCAUAUUGGCAGUAAGUGAAUCUGUAUAAUAAUAUAGACUGUUGAUGAGUAUAGUACUGCAUUAUAAAGUAUACUGUUUGCGUUUUGUAGCAAGGCAGGGAUACACGACAAAAGAUACACUGCAAUAAAUAACAUUUAUUUCACAAAAUCAUGAAAUAAAGUUAAUUGGUCUAUGACAUGAGGUUAAGUUUAGUUUGUACAAAAAAGCAUAAAGGAAUGGCAAACGGAACUUUUAACCCUGGAAACUUUUAACAAGGGAAAGUAGAAAGAGGCGAAUAGAAAGACGCAAUUUGAGACAUCAUUACCUGUUAAAAAUACUUUUUUACUUCCGCACGGGGGAUUAAUCCAAAAGUGAAGGUUUAGUAUUGCUGAUCUAUCCAUGGAGGAGCCAGCACAGUAGUUUAACAAAAAUGUAUUUAAAGAUUUCAAAUGUCUUUUACACAUUGCAUUUCCAACCUAUCGUUGAGAGCUACUUCAAAAAAACAAAAAACAUCAGCAAGUCUUUUUGCCGACCAAAGUGCAGAACCCGUUUUCAAUGUGGUCGUGAA